AUGUCCCUAUCCAAGCCCCAAAAGGAAGGCCUCACGGCCACUCUCUCUACCCCUGAGGACUUCCUCAACUGGGAGCAUGAGUUCCUCCUUCAGGCUCAUCGCCUCGGUCUUCAACAGCACCUCAAAAGAAAGACCCUCCUGGGAGACGAACUAGCUAUCCCCGACAUCAGAAAACGCAGAUACACGAAGACCGCUACAGCUCAACGAACGAUUCGGUCUCAUACGGAUGAAACCAAUGACGGAACCCCAGACGACAUUCAGGAAACUGUCAAUGGAACAUGGUCCAUCUCUGACCUGACCGACCAAGGCCAGAAGAUCUUCCAGCAGGACCUCACCUUCUAUCAGCUACAGGAGAAGGUUUUCGAAAAGCAGAAAAAGGCCAUUGGAACCCUUCAAGACUGGGUUAUCCGCAUGGUCUCUCCUAACCUGAUCCAAACCUGCUCCCCAAGAACGAUCGGCCAAGCCGCACUCAAGUGGCUAGAUCAGUGGGAAGAGGCAAUGGCGAAAGGGCGACAGCGAGAGGUCCCUGAAACACUCCACAACAGCGCGUGGGCACUCUAUUAUGCAGAAGCCACGAAGGGCCGAGUGGCCCGCGGUGCGUUUCAUGCGAGCUAUGCUGGGGAGGACCCCCAGGGUGAUGCAGGGGACGCCCGCGUCAUUGAAGGCCAGUACCACUCUGCGAAGACGGGAGAAAGGAAGCGUUAG